AUGGCUGAUAAGGAUUCUUCGCGGAGUGGAGUAAGGUCUGCUGGCUACAGUUCAGGUCAACAGUAUGGUCCUGGGUUUAGUGGCUUGACUAGGUCGGCGGAGCGGUGGAGGGACUCUGCUAGGGAGCAGAACAAAACGCGGGCGCGUUGCUCGGAGCGCUCCGCGCCGAGUGCGGAGGCCACGCGGCCACGUGCACGGUCCGGUGUGUUGUCCGUCUGGCUCCAGUAUGGAGCCCGGAUCUGGAGCGUGAAUUCUUCCGGACCAAAGUUUUCCUGGCCUUGGAUGCCAGUUCCUGUGUGA